ACAGCCGGCCAGAGGAAUGGGAAAUGACGUAAGGAUUGCGGAGGGGCGCGAGGUUUCAAGAUGGCGGUAGCUGAGGGGUAGACCGAGAGGCCGAGUUGAAGGCCGUUACGAAGUGAAAGAGGCCGGGAAUCGCCCCCUGCCCGCUUCUCGUAGUACUGGGAGCACAGCAGAAGUGUUUUUCUUUUUUUAAUGAACAAGUAAACCCUACAAAUUGUCAACAUGGGACGGAGAUCUACAUCAUCCACCAAGAGUGGAAAAUUUAUGAACCCCACAGACCAAGCCCGAAAGGAAGCCCGGAAGAGAGAAUUAAAGAAGAACAAAAAACAGCGCAUGAUGGUUCGAGCUGCAGUUUUAAAGAUGAAGGAUCCAAAACAGAUAAUCCGAGACAUGGAGAAACUGGAUGAAAUGGAGUUUAACCCAGUGCAACAGCCACAAUUAAAUGAGAAAGUACUGAAAGACAAGCGUAAAAAGCUGCGUGAAACCUUCGAACGUAUUCUACGACUCUAUGAAAAAGAGAAUCCAGAUAUUUACAAAGAAUUGAGAAAGCUAGAAGUAGAAUAUGAACAGAAGAGGGCUCAACUUAGCCAAUAUUUUGAUGCUGUCAAGAAUGCUCAGCAUGUGGAAGUGGAGAGUAUUCCUUUGCCGGAUAUGCCACAUGCUCCUUCCAACAUUUUGAUCCAGGACAUUCCACUUCCUGGUGCUCAGCCACCCUCUAUACUAAAGAAAACCUCAGCCUAUGGACCUCCAACUCGGGCAGUUUCUAUCCUUCCUCUUCUUGGACAUGGUGUUCCACGUUUGCCCCCUGGCAGAAAACCUCCUGGCCCUCCCCCUGGUCCACCUCCUCCUCAAGUCGUGCAGAUGUAUGGCCGUAAAGUGGGUUUUGCCCUAGAUCUUCCCCCUCGUAGGCGAGAUGAAGACAUGUUAUAUAGUCCUGAACUUGCCCAACGAGGUCAUGAUGAUGAUGUUUCUAGCACCAGUGAAGAUGAUGGCUAUCCUGAGGACAUGGAUCAGGAUAAGCAUGAUGACAGUACUGAUGACAGUGACACCGACAAAUCAGAUGGAGAAAGUGACGGGGAUGAAUUUGUGCACCGUGAUGAUGGUGAGAGAGACAAUAAUGAAGAAAAGAAGUCAGGUCUGAGUGUACGGUUUGCAGAUAUGCCUGGAAAAUCAAGGAAGAAAAAGAAGAACAUGAAGGAACUGACUCCUCUUCAAGCCAUGAUGCUUCGUAUGGCAGGUCAAGAAAUCCCUGAGGAGGGACGGGAAGUAGAGGAAUUUUCAGAGGACGAUGAUGAAGAUGAUUCCGAUGACUCUGAAGCAGAAAAGCAAUCACAAAAACAGCAUAAAGAGGAAUCCCAUUCUGAUGGCGCAUCCACUGCGUCUUCACAGCAGCAGGCUCCGCCGCAGUCUGUUCCUCCUUCUCAGAUACAAGCACCUCCCAUGCCAGGACCACCACCUCUUGGACCACCACCUGCUCCACCAUUACGGCCUCCUGGGCCACCGACAGGCCUUCCUCCUGGUCCACCUCCAGGAGCUCCUCCAUUCCUGAGACCACCUGGAAUGCCAGGACUCCGAGGGCCCUUACCCCGACUUUUACCUCCAGGACCACCACCAGGCCGACCCCCUGGCCCUCCCCCAGGUCCACCUCCAGGUCUGCCUCCUGGUCCCCCUCCUCGGGGACCCCCACCAAGGCUACCUCCCCCUGCACCUCCAGGUAUUCCUCCACCUCGUCCUGGCAUGAUGCGCCCACCUUUGGUGCCUCCCCUUGGACCUGCCCCCCCUGGGCUUUUCCCACCAGCUCCCUUGCCGAACCCUGGGGUUUUAAGUGCCCCACCCAACUUGAUUCAGCGACCCAAGGCAGAUGAUACGAGUGCAGCCACCAUUGAGAAGAAAGCCACAGCAACCAUCAGUGCCAAGCCACAGAUCACUAAUCCCAAGGCAGAGAUUACUCGAUUUGUGCCCACUGCACUGAGAGUACGUCGGGAGAAUAAAGGGGCUACUGCUGCUCCCCAAAGAAAGUCAGAGGAUGAUUCUGCUGUGCCUCUUGCCAAAGCAGCACCCAAAUCUGGUCCUUCUGUUCCUGUCUCAGUACAAACUAAGGAUGAUGUCUAUGAGGCUUUCAUGAAAGAGAUGGAAGGGCUACUGUGACAGCUUUUGAUGCCAGAACAGGCUUCUGUUCACAACAGUGGCCCAUGGAGAAAGAAGCUCUUAUUAAACUUAGAUGAAAGAGCUGCUUCCAUUGUCAGGGUAUUUUCUAAUUUCAGUUCAAGGAAUAUCCUAAAAUUUAGCCUUGUUCAGAAUUUACUGCACAUAAAAGAGGGUAUUUCAUCCAGAAUAGAUCAGUUAUUGAAGCAGUGCUGCUAACAUCCAUUCCCUUUCACACCACCAUUGUCAUCCUGUUUCUUCCCCUCCUCCAGUUCUUUGGAAAUUUGUGAUCGGGGGAUCUUAGUUGCUUAUUUGUUUUGACUCUUGUGUGCUGUGGGCACUGGAGUAGAGAUUUUUGAAAAGAACAGUUUAUUUCAUCUUGCUUUUUGUGUUUGAGUUUUUUUAAUAUUUUCCUGUAAAUAUUUUGUAAUAUUUUACUUGUAAUGAAAUGGAUCACAGUGUCAUUUCCUAAUACAAGGCAGGAUAUGUGGGAAGAAAAUGUACAAUUAUUUGAUUAAAAUUAUUUUCCCACUGACCUAAACUUUCAGUGAUUCGUGGGAAAAAUAAAUAAAUGUUCUACACCAAGA